AUGACUGAAAACAGCAGAGAAAGAUGUCUGGUCUUACAAUAUUUCGAGAAGUUCGGGUGCGAUGAGGUCAUGAGCCAGAACCCAUCAUAUCCAGAGGACCAGGAGAGCUUGGACCUCACUACUCCGGAGGAAGAGGCCGUCCAGGCCCAGAUCAAAAAUCAUCACGCGCAGAGUCUGGAGAGAAAGAAGAUCCUGCAGGAGAUGGAAUAA